UCGGUCCGUUGGCUCUUAAGAGUCGCGGUGGCGGUGGUGAUGACGAUUCCUGGUCCACUGCCUCGCGUUUAAACGGUCAGUGUGUGCCAGGGAGUAUUUUGCAAGAUGCGAAAUUCGUUUCUCGUAGCGAGGGAGCCCUCGUCGUGGGUUUAAACGGACCACCUUCGGUGAAGUGUGUAGGCCGAGGUGUCACGCAUUACGUAAAACUACAGGAAAAAUAAAUCGCGAGGAAAGAGGGAAAACAAAGUGUGGGCGAAGAAGGGACACGAUUGACCCUCUCUCUCUGUGUAUGUGUGCACGUCGCGAUGAGGAGAUCAUCGUUUGAUAAGCACGCUAACGCCAAGCGCAACAUUCUGAAUAAUACGUCGUACGGGCUCAUCUGCACCAAGGAUGCCGAUUACAAGUGCAGCGUGAAGUACAGCGGUGCUUCUCUGCCGGAGAAAAAUUAUCUGCAACGUAGUGUAUCCGCAGACAAUGUUGUAAUUCGUUCGCGCGGUUACAAACCGUCCGACAGACACGAUCCGGUCAAAAGGAACUUCCUUGAGAAUCUCACUUCGAAAAUAUUGCACUUCGACAUGGAAGGGGGCGAGACUACUCCGAUUAACUUACAAAAGCUACUUACACCGGCAUCGGACACUCAUGAAAUAUUGCAAUCAAAAAAUAAGAAAAUGUUUGCGUCGUCGUACUUUUACGCACCGACGCAUCCUACGGUCGAGGAUCAGGUUGAACUCGCACGUCGAAUCUCGCAUUCGCUCAGCGACGUGAAAAACGUCAAGAGUAAAGGACAGUCGAUGUAUGUGAAUAGAAAAAAGCGAUCUGUUAAGUGGAUUCACGACGGAAACGGUCUCGAGGAUGAAGAGGAAUCGAUUGCAACUGUUCAUAAGGACAAACUACCCCUCAAAUGUGUGAUGAAUCCAUGCGGAAAAGUACUGGACAUUCAGGGUAUUCAGGCAUUAGGCGAAGAAGUCAAUAUCGCGUCAGUACCAAAAAAUCCUGAAAAGCUCUUCGACAUUGUUCGCGACUUGAAUAAUCAAAGAGGACGCGGUGCCGAGAUAUUUGCGAAACGUAGGAAAAGAUCGGAAAAGUGGGUGGUGGACCAAGAACAGCCGCAGACACCCAAUACUCCUGUUACACCGAAAACGCCAACGUAUCCGGAAAAAUUGGAAGUUAACGGUAACGCGAAAUUCGUGACGCCGUCAUUGUUGACACCUCACACGCCAAUUUCGAGCACUGAUAAAACAUUUUAUAAUCCCUUUACAGUGGACAUUGCCGUCGAGAACGCAAAUAUGCCAAUAACAGACAGGCACCGAUCGCGCUGCAAUACUAACCGAUGCGAUCAUUCGAGCGAGGUAAAAAAGAUUUAUCUGCGAGAAAUUGCGGUCGGCACAGACUCCGAUUUCCCUCUGGAUCAAUCUCGAUCAUCCAUCGUUGAGAAGUCCCAUCGUAUCGCUUACGAAUCUGCUAACGAUCGACGCGCUAAUAUUACUAAUUAUCGCUCUGCCGCCAAUAACAAUAACAGAUACAUUAAUAAUUAUCAGUCAUCGAGGAAAUCCAAUUUUUGCAACGUGCAGAGCUAUAAUAAUAAAGACACGGGAAUUCAACAGCGUUUUGAUAAGAAGUACGAUGAUAACGUGAUUGACGAUAAGAUUGGAAAUAAGCAACAGAUCCAGAUGCAGAAUGAUAAUGAAGAAAAUGAGUAUACACCUGUACCAGUAAAGCAAUUGAUACAAGAAUUUGAGAAGACCUGUAGACCAGUUCUGCAAUACAAACAAAUCAGUCCGAAGAUCAUUCCAAUCGUACAACAGUGUCCAUUGGACAAUGAUAUAGCGCGUUUUUUCGAGACGAGAAAUCCUACCAAGUAUAAUAAUGGAGAGGAGGAAUACGCACGCGCACGCGAAAACUAUGAAGGGUCUGCCCAACUACAAUCCCAACUACAGUCCCGAUAUAAUGGCCGAUUAUAUGACCCGCGCGGAAAUUACGAGAGGAAACUGCAGCCCCAAUGCAACGGACAAUUCAACAGUGCACGCGAGAACUAUAAAGAAGGAUCAGCGAAACUACAGUCCCGAUACAACGGUUACGUUUCCACUGAUGAGAGCGAAUACACGACAGAUGACACCGAUUUCGAGGAAGAAAUCAACGACUAUCCGAACGCGGCUGGUUCCAUAGAUUGCGGCCAUUCCGCGCCGUCCGCCCUGUUGAAUCGCUGCGAAAGCAGCGAGUGCUCAUUCACGUUCGAGGACGAAUAUUCGGAUACUCGGCGUCAUUCGAUUGCCUCGCAGGAAUUGGAAGCCCUUUAUGCCAGCAGCAUCGACACGAGAUUCGUUAAUACCGAGGCUGAGAUACCGCCCGAAGCGAAGUCGCUGAUGCUCUCGAUGGUCGCUUCGCAGGAGGGUAUACUCGAGACCAAGAAACAUCUUCGUAGCACGCCGAUCUUGGAUAAUCUCUUAGGCACCGCUACGCCAGAGUGCAAAAUCAGUGACGUUAAUCCGGAAUUAGGAAACAAACUGUACGAAAAUAACAAUUACACUGGACCGAAAUUGGGCAGCCUCCACAAUUUGACGAAUUAUAAUACGGCACCGCGUGGAUGGGAUCAAUCACUCACAUUUUAUCGGCCUAUUAAAUUCGAGAAACCACAGGAGAUUAUGUACUCUGAUUUUUAGGAGUACCAUUUUAAAUCUUGUAAUACAUAUCACGAAUUCAAAAAUCGAUCGCAAUUCUAAUUCCUCCGAGACAUCGAGAAAUAUCGGAAUGUGUUUUUCGCACGGUUGCAUUCAUUCACCAUCAGCGCCAAAAUUUAAACCAGUGAUCUGCCUCGAUCACACGCAAAUAAUACGUUACGAAUAGCAUAUGCAACGUUAAUGACGCAGACAUACGCACGACAUGUUUGGAAUUUCGUUUUGUUUGGUACACCUCUACAACUUCUACCCCUCACAAAGAUAUUUAGUGUUGUUUAUGUUUUGACAGUGUUACAUUUUAUUGCAUUUUACUUUAUUAUAUUAUGCAAAUAAAUAUAUGUUGUUUUCCUAA